AUGGGAGGAUCCAAGACUGACCUCAAGCCUGUGAACAUUCCUCUCCUGGGGCUGGGGGGAGCUCCGGUCACCCCAGAGGGCAUGGUCGAGCUAGAUUUAGAGCUCGGCAUCGAAAUGCCUCAGGAGGACGGAACAGAGGGAAUCCUGGCGGAACCAACACGGAAGCUGGGGGUAGAUUGGCCAGACGAGCACCGGGAAGCUAUCAUAGCUCGGAUAAAACAGUAUGUGGAGGAGUUUACCAACAAGCCAGAGGAUAUUGGGGGGGUAGACCCUAAGAUCAUCUCGCACAAGUUAAACGUGGAUGCGAAAUGCAAACCUGUCAAGCAAAAGAAAAGAACUUUCUCUCUAGAGAAACAGAUUGCUAUCCGAGAUGAAGUGGAGAAGCUCUUGAAAGCCGGGUUCAUCAGGAAAGUAGACUACCCUGAAUGGCUGGCUAAUGUAGUCUUGAUCAAGAAGUCCAACGAGGAGUGUAACACAACUUUUGAAGAGCUGAAGGUUUACCUCAGCACACCCCCGGUGCUAGGUAGACCUGAGCCUGGGGAAAUCUUAUACUUGUAUCUCUCGGUGAAUGACGAGACAGCAGCGGCAGUCCUGGUGAAGGAGGAUAAGGGUCUGCAAACCCCAGUUUACUAUCUCAGUAGGGUCUUGAAAGGCCCGGAGGUGGCGGCGGAAAAGCUAAGGAGAUAUUUCGAGGCUCACAUCAUUGUAGUACGUACGAACCAACCUCUGAGAAAGGCGCUGCAGAGGCCAGAAAUGUCGGGACGGCUGGUCAGCUGGUCGGUCCAGCUGGGAGGAUAUGACAUCCGGUAUGAGCCCAGACCGGCUCUGAAAGCACAAGUAUUGGCAGAUUUCAUAGCCGAGACCACAGCAAGCGACCAACCUGAGGAACCUGACGAACAACUUCUACGGUGGGUAUUAGAAGUCGACGGGGCAUCAAAUCUGGAUGGAUCUGGAGCAGGCGUAGUCUUGAAAGGCCCUCACGGAGUCACACUCCGAAGCUCGGUAAAAUUCGAUUUCCCGGCAUCCAACAAUGCCGCGGAGUAUGAGGCUCUAUUGAUCGGAUUGAGAAUGGUAAACGUGGUCAAGGCCGAGCAUGUAACAAUAAGGAGUGAUUCUCAGUUAGUCGUUUGUCAAAUCUUGGGUACCUUUGAAGCUCGGGAUUCGGAAAUGAGGAGAUACGUGGACAGAGUCAAGUUCUUCUUGAACAAGAUUCAGGAGCUCGGAGGAAAAUGGGUGAUAGAGCAAGUUCCUCGUUUGGAAAACCAAGAGGCCGAUGUACUAGCCAAAGCAGCAACAAAAGCAGUGUUGCAAGGCUACUACUGGCCCCUAAUGGUCAGGCAAGCAGAGGAGAUAGUAAAGAAAUGUGAAAACUGUCAGAGGCAUCAGAACAUCCGACAUGCUCCCACUACAGAGCAGUGUCCUAUUACCAGUCCUUGGCCAUUUGCAACAUGGGGAAUCGACAUCCUGGGGCCUUUCACGCCAACCACGGGGCAGAAAAAGUUCUUGAUAGUGGCAGUAGAUCACUUCACAAAGUGGCUCGAGGUAGAGGCAGUGAGCACCAUCACAGAAGCUCGGAUCCGGGAUUUCUUCUGGAGGCAAAUUGUGUGCCGUUUCGGUAUACCCAGAGCGUUGGUAACUGAUAACGGAAAGCAAUUCAACUGCCGAGCCUUCAAAGAAUUUUGCAACGACUUGCACAUUGACCUGCGUUUCACUUCAGUAGUUCACCCGCAAAGCAAUGGGAUGACCGAGGUAACCAACAGGACGAUCUUAAAAGGGCUCAAAGCCAGGCUAGGGGAAUUCGAUAGGCAGUGGCUGGAAGAGCUACCAAAGGCAAUGAUACCUGUGGAAAUCGGGAUGCCAACUCUAAGGGUCCAAUUCUUCGAUGAGGUUAAGAACGAGGAAGAGCAAAAACUAUGCCUAGACCUGUUGGAGGAGCGAAGAGAGCAGGUUACCCACGCCAAGCAACUUGAUCAAACUCGAUCUAUGAACAACCAAGAACCUACCCUAGCAUUUUUUUUUAUCCCAAGUUUGAGUCAAGAGCUCAUGUAUAAAAACAACAUAGAAACUAGAAAAUUUACACUACUGGAACCAGCCCGGAAACUAAGCUAA